CUACUCUUCUAAAUAAAACCGGGGCGCCGCUCUGCCUCGCCACCCAGAUCAGUUAGGUUUUGUUCUUCCGUCGAUAGCCGCCAUCCAGAUCGGUCUCUGCUCUAUUUCGAUCGAGAGAGGCAGCUAGCAUCUCCAUCCACUACCAGGGCUCCCGCUUGCUGCGAGAUGGGCGCCGGCGACCGCCACCUGAUGAAGAGGAAGCUACAGCUGCAGGGGAUGAGCGCGUCGGACGGGAUGCUGCUGAAGAAGACGAGGAUAUCGGAGGAGGAGGGGUACGGGAUCCUCGAGGCGAGCAAGGAGGCGGUGGCGGCUGUUCGUCUCAUGCGUUUCAAGCAUAUCCCGGGGGGUCUGGAUAUCUGGAUGGAUCACUGGCUGGAGAUGAAGGCCAAGAUGGCGGCAGAGGAGGAGGAGGCGAUCAAGAACAAGAAGAGGAAGAGGGUGGUCAAGCGCAGGGUGCCCAAGGCGCUCAUCGACCACAUGGUGGCCUGGCCGUUCGGCAGCGCCAACAUCCUCACUCCUGUUCAGCUGGCAAAGCGUUCCCUUGAACGCCGUCGAUACUAUGCCCUCUCAUCUUUUAUCGAAGCCAAGCUCCGUGCCUACCAGCAGGCCCUCAUCCGUCAGUACAAUGCCCUGGGCUAUGCGGAGGAUGAAAUUGAGGUCACUGACAGCGAGGAGGAGGAGGAGAAACAGUAAUGGAUGCAUGCGUUUCUAUAUAUGCUACCUAUAGAACCACCAGAUUGGGAUAUUAAUUUUGUUGCUUGAUCAAGUGAUGGUCUUACAUACACCGCCUAACCGCAAAACGUACAAUUCCUGUUGCCAUAAUCUGUUCUGUUUCUGCAUGUUCAGUUUCUUUCACGCUGCAGCCAGCUGCUGUUAUUUCUCAGCUCUCGAUCGGCUUGUAAGUUGUUAAAUAACUGAUCGAUGUCCUUUUUAUCCAUUAGAAUGAAGCAUGCAUGGAACAGGUGGUUAAAUAACUGAUUGAUGUCCUUUGUAUCCAUUA